AUUUUUAGUAAGCAUAAAUAAAUAAAAACACCGGUAUUUUGAUCACGGUGAAGUUGUAGAUGUUGAAGUUGUGAUACGUUACCGCGCGAAUUUCCGAUUGGUCGCCAUUUGCGCCACGAUAGCUGGCCAGGAAACUUGUACAAAAAAGAGGUUAUUUGUGUUAAUUUAAUUGAUAAUUGUGCCUAAAAACGUAAUAAAACAAUUUCAAAAACAGCGAAAUACGUAUCGAUGUAGAAAUAGCGCGAAAAGUGCGUUAUAUAACCGCCGAGAAGCACAGCAAUGAACAUAGAUACUGAAACCAAAAACAAUUAUAACCUUAUGAGAAACGUGCCUGAAUCUUUAAAAACAUUUGUCAAACAAAUUUGAAAAGAGAACAUAAUUACUACAGCCCAGGAGACAUUCAAUAAUAUAAAUUUUUAAAGCCAGUAUUUUUUUUUCUAAUAUUUAAAAUAUACUUUUUAAAAUUAUUAAGUGUAUGGAGUACUGAUUGGACAUUGUUAUAGAGUUGUGAGUUUAAUAAUGAAAAUUCCGGAUACAACAGCCAACGUUGGCGCUUACUAUGGCAGUGAAGAGAAUGGACAGUGGCAGCCAAACGGCGUGAUCAUCGACAGUGGUGUGGGUGGCGGUGUGGUCGGCAGCGGUGACGCUGGUAUCCACCGUCCACCGGUAUACCCAGUCCAUCUACCACGCGGGCACAUACCAGGGUAUGUAAUGGCCGGUGCGUACUACCCCCCAGCUCCGUACGCCCCCGUUCCACCCCCACAGGACGACUUCGCGGACUAUAUGUGGAUGGAGAACGAAGAAGAAUUCGAUAAACAGGUGAUGCAACAAUUAGAGGAGGAGGCUCUGAUGGAGCAGUGUAUAGAAGCGAUGUUGGAGGAUGAACAGAGAGAGAGGCACAGGCCAGUUGCCAACGGACACAACCACCACUAUCCCACAACAAGCAACGGUAGCACGUCGUUGUCGUUAGAAGAAACCGUAUCAAGGUCGAAACUGAACCCACUCGCCGCUGAAUUCGUACCUACGUUCACGAGGUCGCGACCCGCGUCCACCACCGCUACACCUGCAACCACAACAGAAGAAAAACGAGAUAAAACAGAAUCAGUAGAAAUAAGUUCACCAGAGACGCACGCAACAGACGAAUCUACAGACCAAAUUGACAGUAAACAUACAGAAACAUCAACAGAAGAUAGCGUCACGGAAAGAGAAGUUACAGAAACACCAGAAACGCCCGAAGUGAGCGCCGCCGACGUACAAACAGACAAACGGAAAGAUAGGAAAGACAUAAAAAAAAUUGAGACCAAGAAACCAGUGAAGCAAGAAGUGAAAAAGACUAAGCCCGUUAUAGUGAAGGCGGAGACCAAAGUGCAGCCCAAGAAGAAGGAGGUGAAAGUUGUGAAGAGCGAAACAAAAGCUGAAGAGAAGUCUGCAAAGGUUGAGGAAGUGGUAACAGAGGUACAGCCACAGUUACCGUCCGCUCCGACGCCCGUCGAAGAACCAAGCACGCCGGGCAUCAAACCUAUUAACUACGCGGCCGCCGCGAAAGCCAACAAGCCCAAGAAACCAAGCACCCCCCCAGCGACAGACAAAACAACCCCGCCUCCACUGAAAACAGAAAAAAAACCGGAACAGAAGGUCGAGCAGAAAAAACCGAAGGCGGAAAAACCGGCAGUGCAAAGGAAGAACUCUGCGAAGUAGGUUUAUUUAAAAAAAAUCGGUAAAAAUGGUUCUAGUAUAGUGAUGUACAAAUUUGACGUUACUAGUGAUGUUCUUUUAUCGAUUGAGUUUAUUUUGGUUGUCGAUAUGAUUAAGUUUAACAGGGUUUGUUAUAAAGGUGUACAAUGCAAUCAUUUAAUGCUAAAACUUGCCUGAAAUUAGGGGCACGAUUCAGUCCUUUGGAAUGACAAGGCAUGAGUGGUAUCAUAC